UCGACGGGAGUUCGUGUGGGACGGACGGAGAGAGUUUGUGUUGCCGAAGAGGAGGAACGGUAGCAAAGGAAUAGGAGAGGGGGAAAGACAGACACGUUGGUGUAGGUGAAAGCAAUAGAAUAUUUCCAAUAUGGCAUCGGGAGACACAUUGUAUAUCGAGGCCGACGGUUCAGAAAUGCCUGCAGAGAUAGUUGAACUGCACGAAAUCGAAGUAGAAACGAUAGAGACAACUGUGGUCGGUGGAGACGACGACGAACACCAGCCUAUGAUCGCUUUGCAGCCUCUGGACUCUGAUGAUCCGAACCAUGUUCAUCAUCAUCAGGAGGUGAUAUUAGUUCAAACUCGAGAGGAGGUAGUCGGUGGGGACGACUCAGAUCUACGAGCGGACGACGAUUUCGAGGACCAAAUUCUUAUACCAGUUCCAGUCCCUGCUGCUGAAGAGGAAUAUAUCGAGCAGACGCUGGUGACUGUUGCAGGGAAAAGCUCUGUGGGCCGGAUGAAGAAGGGGGCUGGCGGCAGCGGCAAGAAAGCUGGUAAAAAGAGUUACUUGACUGCAGCUGAAGCAAGCAGUCGAAAAUGGGAGCAGAAACAAGUACAAAUAAAGACUCUGGAAGGAGAAUUUUCCGUUACGAUGUGGGCAUCAGAUGACAAGAAGGACAUUGAUCAUGAGACUGUGGUGGAGGAACAGAUCAUUGGGGAGAACUCCCCUCCAGACUACUCGGAGUACAUGACGGGGAAGAAGCUCCCGCCUGGGGGAAUCCCGGGAAUUGACCUGUCAGAUCCCAAACAGCUGGCGGAGUUUGCUAGGAUGAAGCCACGGAAAAUUAAGGAAGAUGAUGCACCUAGGACAAUAGCUUGUCCACACAAAGGCUGUACCAAAAUGUUCAGGGAUAACUCGGCCAUGCGGAAGCACUUGCACACCCACGGGCCGCGCGUGCAUGUGUGUGCAGAGUGUGGCAAGGCCUUCGUGGAGAGCUCCAAACUGAAGCGGCACCAGCUUGUACAUACUGGGGAGAAGCCUUUCCAGUGCACAUUCGAGGGCUGUGGAAAAAGGUUCUCUCUGGACUUUAACCUCCGGACACAUGUGCGCAUCCACACCGGGGACCGGCCCUACGUUUGCCCCUUCGACGGCUGCAACAAGAAGUUUGCCCAGUCCACCAACCUAAAGUCACACAUCCUAACACACGCCAAAGCCAAAAACAACCAGUGAGUUCCGUGUGUGGCCUAGAAAAACGGACCCUUUGUAUAUUGUUUCCAGGAUAAAAAAAAAACUGUGAGAGAACACCAUGACAGACUUUUUGAUAAGUACAGAGGUGAGAAUAAUAAACACUGUAGAUGACUUACUCAGCCCCUCACCUCCCGAGAAAAGUGAAGAAAGAGGAAAGCGUCAAUUUUUUUUUUUUCCUUUUUAACGAACCACCUGGUUUUGAAAGUUUCUUCUUGUGAAGAUGUGAAAGUCCGGGACCUGCGUCUACAGUCGAGCUAUUGCCACUGCAGCACCCAAAGAGAAGUCGGCGCUCACGUGUAGUGUAUUCUUUUGUGCAAACCAUCUGAAAGGAAACAAUGAAUUGCUUUUUUAAAAGUCAAAAUUAUUUGUUUUAAAGUGUGCAUAUUGUACACUUAUUUUUGACCUUAUAUGUAGUCAUGUUAUGUGCGUGCGUGUGUGUGUGUGUGUGUAUGUCUGUGUGUGUGUGAUCCCCAGAGAUUUAGGAUUUUUAGAAGAAUUUGCAGUUCUUGCAGUUCUGUUUUUUUCCUGUAAAAAGGAUAUUAUUAUUAUUGUUGUUGUUGUUAUUAUUAUUGUUAUCAUAUAUAUAAUUUGUGGGGGGUAUCCUUUCAGGUUUCCUUUUGUAUAAUUACAACGCACAGUUGAUUUCUCAAUCAUGUAGAUAAUAGAAAUGUGAAAUGGUGUUAAACCUAUCAAAACCCUUUUUAUCUCUUAAGUUAUCCUGAUGUUAAUAGCAGAUGCAAAAAGCUUAUGUCCAUCACUGAAAAUCCUGUUUAUUUUUUUUCUUUAUUAGGAACAAACCUGAAAACAAUCUGGGGUGUCUGUUUUUGCAUAGUCAGAAUGUAUUGUACAACUUGAUUAACCCUUGUUGAUAUAAACACCCCCCUGUACAAUGGUGACCAGUAAUAAUAAAACAGCGGUCCCCAUUUUGAGUCACUCACCGUGUUCAUUAGGACAGCGUUUGAGUGUUUGUUGGAUUGGAUACGAGUAGAGGUGGUACUAACAGACUUUUAUGUUAAAUGUUUACAGAAGGAAGGUGAAGCAAAAAUAGGAGGCAGAACCAUCAAUUCAUAUCGAUAUCAGUGAGGGGUAUACAUAAUUAUACACAAAUACAUACAUGCUGGUUUGCUGGGAGCAUGUAUGUAUUUGUGUAUACAGGUGGGUCUCGAAAGGUGGGCAGGGUGUUCACAGAGUGCAGCAUGAAAGCAUAUUCAUGGAAAGUUGACUGGAAUGGAAAAGUGUGGUAGGAAAAGGUAUGAAAGCAACAAGGAUGACAAGAUUGAUUCAAAAACUUGGGGGAACUUUACAAGUUGUGGACUGAGGCUGGAGUCUGCAUCAAGAGCCACCAUGCACAGACGUGUCCAGGAAAUGGUCUACAAGUGGCAUAUUCCUAGUGUCAAGCCACUCCUGUGAAAAGAGCCAGAACUGGACCGUUGCUCAGUGGUCCAAACUCUUCUUCACAUAAAAACAGAAUCUGCAUUUCAUUUGGAUACCAGGGUCUAAUCAAAGUCCCAAGGGUCUGGAGAAAGAGCAGAGAGUCACAGAAUCCAAGUGGCUUUAAGUUCAGUUUGGUGUUUCCACAGUCUGAUGAUUUGGGGUGCCAUGCCAUUUGGUGGUGUUGGUCUACUGUGUUUUAUCCAGUGUUUAAGUCCAGAGUUAAUGCACCCUUUGACCAGGAGAUUUUAGUGCACUUCAUGCUUCCAUCUGCUGACAAGCUUUAUGGAGCUCCAAAUUUCCUUUUCCAGCAGGACUUGGCACCUGCCCACAGUGCCAAAACUGCUAGUAACUGGUUUGCUUAACAUGGUAUUACUGUGCUUAAUUGGCCAGACAACUCGUCAGACCUGAACCCCAUAGAGAAUCUAUGGUUUAUUGUCAAGAGAACACUGAGAGACACCAGAGCCAACAAUACAGAUGACCUUAAGGUCGCUAUCAAAGCAACCUGGGCGUCCAUAACACCUCAACAAGGCCACAGGCUGAUUGCCUCCAUAGCACGCCACAUUGAUGUAGUAAUUUGUGCAAAAGCAGCCAGAAGAAGUAUUGAGUGUAUAAAUGAACUAUUUUAAAAUAAGACGUCCCGUCAAAUGAAGUCUAGAGAUGGGGCGGGUCUUAUACAAUGACAGUGAGAUGGGGCGGGUUUUACACGAUGACAGUGUCCUGUCAAAUGAAUGCUACAGAUGGGGCGUGUUUAACACAAUGACAGAAGAGGACUGUUUGCACCGCUUUGUACACAACCAAUGGCUGGCCUGAUGAACGGAAAUCAAAAGGUAAAAUGGGUUUCUAGAGACCAAUUCUCAAUUGAGAAUUGGAUUGGUUUCAACCAGGCUAAGGGUUAGACCCAAUCAGAAGUAGUGUAGGGCUGGGUGUCUUCUUGUCUAGUCUACUUCCAGUACUAUUUAUCUGCACACCAUUUUUUACUAUGCGAUGUACAAAAAAAAAAGUUUUACUCGAGGAUUCUGACUGUCUGACAGCAUUCCAGAUGCUGAUUGGCUAUCAGAAUCUGAGGUUAAAACGUAGGGAGGAAAAAAGGGCAUUGGAAGAUUAAACAAAUGUAGAAAAGGUAGAGGUCGCUUGGAAGAGGCAGCACAAGAGGAAUUAUUGAUGAGGAUGGAUGUUUUGUCAUUUUUACAAUUAUGUCAUGAUUAUGUUUCAUUUGGGAGAAACCAUUCUAGCUAGGUGAAGCAGAAGAUUUCAUAUGGAGAACCGACGUUACCGAUAGAUUGCCAUACACUGUAGAUCACCUAUCAUGACCAUUGAAAAUACAAAUGCCACACAGGCCAAUGAAGCCAUUUCAGUCCACCGCAAUGAAGAGAAACACAUCUCACAUUUUAAAAUAAAAUCAUUUUUAUUCUUCAUCACUAUGUAACAGAACAAAUCUGAAAACCAAGAACGCUUAAGAUGUCACAUCCCUUCAAAGUUCAAGAACAUUGGCUGGUGAUUAAAUGUACAUUCCCUACUCUACUGUCUUGAGAUACUGCUGUCAUUUUACCCUCUAUUUAAAUUGAUCGUGAUAGAUAUGAUUGCACACACUGAGGAUAUUUGGGCUUUGUAACAUUAGUAGUCUUUCAUCAAUUAAAAAAAAAGGAAAGCAAAAAAAAAAA